CGAGAACGAACGUCAUAAUCAGAAGAACUAACAAGGUUUUGGACGCAGAGUUCAAAUCCACGAGUAUCUCUAGCAUACUGCCGAGGUCAAAUGGCUGGAUUACAGCUUCUGACAGCAUUUCUCUUGGCAGUCGUUUCUACUGUGCAAGGUAAACUUCCAUACGAGUCGACAGCCUUACAGAAGUGUCCGUGAAAUUUUACAUUUGCCUAUUGAAUUUUUAGAACUAAAGCUAUCACACCCUGUGAUUUCCAUACAUUUUACACGCGACUGCAGAUCUGUUCAGCUGUGCGUCUGUUCCAUGAAUCGAUAAAAAUUUUUGGAAGUAGUUUUUUCCUGAGAAGAACAAGUAUGGAAAUUUACUGAGGAAAGAAGCAAGCGCUGUUACAUGUUUUUGUGCACUGGAAAGCGCUUGCGAGCAUGCAGAAAAACGUUUUAGGUUUUUUUAACAUGUUAGUUGCGGGUUUCAAAAAAAAAUUCGCGAAAAGGUGUUCAAAAUUAUGAAAUACAAUGCGAUACACAUGAGAAAACUGGUUCUAAAAUUUCGUUGUAAGUAAUCGCUUUGAGUUAAAGGUAGAAUUUAAUAAAUAUUUAAUGAAUCAGUCUUGCUGUUUAUAAAAUAGAAACAAUUGUUACGCACAGGUUAGAACGGAUAUAUGUUAAGCACAUGUUUUUUAUUCGCACGAUUUUAUUCCACGAGAUAGCUUUCUCUCUUAAAAACGUAUGGGCUUACUGAAGUGAGAUCACUUUGAAAUUACGGUAUCAAAUAUGUAUAUUCGGCUUACCUUUGAUGACAGAAUUAUUUGGGACUGAAUUUCGACUGAAUCAUUUGGGACUGAAAGUUUUGCAUAAUUCUUUUUCCGUAAGAGCUCAUUAAAGCAAGAUCACUCGUUUAAAAUAUUGUAAAGUUUACAAGACAAAGAAUAAUUUGUGGAAACUAAAAAUGUCUCUUAAUAAAAUUGAAAGAAAGAAAAUUUGCAGGGCUAUGAAUUCUUCAACAAGCUAUGGACAUGGCUAGUGUCAGACGAUUAUGCCGGCAUAAUUUUUAGGCAUAAUGCUAUAGUUUAGAGCAUCGAAAAUAAUGUGUUUACUCAAUUAAAUGCCACCCUCAAAUAAAUGCCGCCCUCAAAUAAAUGCCGCCCUCAAAUAAAUGCCACCCUCAAAUAAAUGCCGCCCUCAAAUAAAUGCCGCAUUUAAGAGCAGAAGUAUUAAUAAGCGCCACCCUCAAAUAAACGCCUCAUUAUGAUGCAGCAUUUACUCAAAUAUUAGAUUAAAAUAGCACACAGCCGUGGAUGCUUCAACCACAGUUGGAAACUUUGAGGGAGCCAGACACAAAUCCUUUUGAACGUAUCAGUUCUGCGGUCCAACAUAUAAUCUUUAUUUACUUAUGUAUUGCAGUAGUAUUAAUGUGCAAAUUGUGAAAUUGAGAAUGAUAUAAAAAAUGACUUUUUAGAUGAGAAAAUAGGUUUCUUUUUUUUUUUAACUCAGAUAGUAAGUUGCUAGACUAUUGUUUUCUUUUGUAAGAAAUAAAUUAGAUUUUAACUAAAGGCCACCCUCGUGUAAAUGCUGCCCUUAUAUGAAAAAAGCACAAAAAUCAUGAAGAAUUUAAUGAAUGCCAUGGCAUUUAAACAAAUAAAUAUGGCAAUACUGGUAUAAUGUUUAAAUUUCUGAGAAAUUCUCUUUGUGUUACCAUGCAACAUGAGGUAAAUUCUGUAGCCUGAUGACUGUCAAUAGCGAGCUUGCUCUCUAGCUUACGAUUCAGAAGUUGAUCCAGUAAAAUGCAUAUUCUCCAUGCUGUUCUCUAUAUAUUUCCAAAGAGGCUGACAAGGAGAAUUUGUUUUAAAAAUCAAGAGCAGCAUUUGAUCCAGUAAAAUGUUGUCUUCUGAACUUUGACAAGCUCUACUUGUUCACUGUUGGAAUGGGGGGAGAGGUGGCAGUUUUUUAAUUCAUUAAAUUAAGCGUAAAGAAAAAUUUUUAAGAGCUUGAUUAGCCGCAUUAUGAUGCCAUAUUUUCAGUGGUGAUGCUUAAAAAGACAAUGCUCAAAAUUUUCAGAGUUAUGAUUAUUAAUCCUUUGACUCCCAGAUCAAAUUUUUAAUUCUCCUCACUGUCAACAUACAAUUCUUUUAAUAUUAGUUCAGAGAAUUUAGUAUUGGAUCAACCAAUUAUCCCCAAACUGAUAUUUUUCUUUAUUCUCAUCACCUGUCUGGUUGAUAUUGUAUGGAUAUUGUAAAGAGAAAUUAUGUCUUGGUCACUCUUGGGAGUUAGAGAGUUAAUCUGACGUGAGACAUGACCUGUCUGAAAUGUUGAAAAACUAAUUGCAAUAAAAAAUAAUAGCAUAUGUUUAACUUGCUUGAACUGACCCUUAUUCAGGAGCAAAUCAUCAAGGGAAUUGUCCAGAAAUUCAGUUACCCAAUAACAGUAAUGGAACAUGUCUUCUAAAUGACCAAUGUAGCCAAGUAACAUGUACGUCACCAAAAGAUGAUGAUAACCCGUUUGGACGCAUGGUUUUGGCUGUACGAGUGACCAAAUGUCAGAAUAAAUUGAAGGCUGCUGUUUCUAUUGACUCAAAUGACCAUGUGUGGGCACGUUUGCUUGGAGAUGGUGAUAAAGCAGAACUUCCUUCUCAACCUGGCAUGCCUGGCCCAAAGCCUUACUUGAAGGUUAAUCUUAAGGAAAAUGGUGACAAAGUCCACUUCAAGGUAUACAUUCUAUUGUAGCCAUGUUAAUUAAAAAAAACUACUGUAUUAUGAUGUUUUUGCUAUUAACAAAUAUAUUGCUUGUUUUUAUCAUGUAUAUAACUUAUAUUCUUCUCAUCAUGAGUCAUCCUCUGUGUUAUUGUGUAAUAUCAGUUCUGAUAAUAAUUGUGAACAUCCUUAUUACUAUGAUGUGAAAUAUCACCGUCAAAAAGCAAUCAUCCUUGCAGAUGAGCCGCAGUUUAACCCUUUACCCCCUAACAUCAGUAUCUAUAAUCUCCUUACUAUUCACUAUGCAUUUCCCAAGGUGCUGAGAAAGAGAAUUUGUUCAAUAAUCAAGAGCUUCUUCAGUUGGUGAUCAUCUCGUCUAUUCUCAUGACCCUUAUGUUUGAUUCAAGGGUGAUAUUGUAAGGAGAAAUUAGAUGCUUUAAACACUCUUAGGAAUUAAAGCUGGUUAAGCAAUUGCAGAAAAGAAGCCUGAAAAAUUCAGGCUUUCAUGGGAUUAGAACCCAUGCCUUCCAGGAAUUAGCUGGGUGCUACUAGCAACUGAGCUACCAAGCUAUAUGUUGGAUGUGGGGCACAUUUUAGGAGGGUUCCUUCUUUCCCAUUAUUAAUGUGUCAUAUGAUAUCUAAACAAUGAUUUUUGUUAUUUAGUUACUGAUGCUGAUGGAGUCAGCAAAUUUCAGUGUUACACUUGAAGGAGAAUUACGUGCUCUUGAGUGCACAAUUGGUGAAGGUAGGUGACUGAUAAGAAAGCAGACAGACCUCUUUGUUACUUUUUUUUUAAAGGGUUUUAGACCUGAUUAUAAUGCACAAAAUUCUGUUGAAUAAUCCAUCCAUUUUAAAAAAUAUAUAUUCCCUAAGAGCUCAUUUAAAGAGAUAAUUUUGAAUUCUUAGUAUUGUUCAAAAGGUGAGAUAUUUUCACUUGAUAAAGAAUACUUUGUUCGAACUAAAACUGCCUUUUAAUGAAAUGAAAAAAAAAAAAAAAAAUGAUUGUGUGCUAGUGGAUUUUUCAAUAAAGCUAUGCACAAGACCUGCCUAUAAAAUUGAUGAACUUUUCAAUAACCCAGUUGCUCCCAUAACUGACCAAGACAGAAUUUCUCUUUAUAAUAUCGAUACAAUAUCAAGCUGGUAAGUGAUGAGAAUAAAGAAAAAUGUAAAUUAGGGGAUUAUUAGUUGAUCCAAUACCAAAUUCCCCAAACGAACAUCAUAAGGAUUGUAUCACAUGCAGUAAGGAGAAUUACUAAUGAGAUCAUGGAAGUGAAAGGGUCAAAAGAGCAGCUGAUAUCUUGUAUUCUGUGACCCUUUUUCAGAAGCAAAUCAUGAUGAAAGUUGUCCAGGAAUUCAGUUACCCAAGGAAAGUAAUGGAACAUGUGUGUUAAGUGAAAAAUGCAGUAAGGUGACUUGCACUUCGCCAGAAGAUGAGACUAAACCAUUUGGUAAAGCAGUAUUGACAGUAAAAGUUGAGGAAUGCCAAGGAAAAUUGAAAGCCAUAGUUUCUAUACGCUCUCCUGGUCAAAUGUGGUCGCAUGAGUUUGAAGAUGGUGACAAAGCAGUUAUGCCUACUCCACCUGGGAUGCAAGGCAGCCCAGAACUAAACAUGAUGGUCAGUCUGAAGGAAAAUGGUGACAAAGUCCACUUCAAGGUAUACAUGCUACAAAUGUCUUGUUAAUCAUUUUUUAUUACUGCAUUAGAGUUUGUGUUCUUUUUUUCACAAGCUUUAUAUUCAUAUAUUAUCCUGCAAACAGGUAUUGAGAAAACUCCAACUUAUUAGGUAGAAGUUGCUAUCUUGAUCUAACACUAAAUUCUCAUUACUGAUUUGCAAGGAAAUGUGCAGCAGCUAGAGGGGAGAAUUAACAAUCAAAUCUUGGGAGUUAAAGGGUUAAAGGCUUAACAAACUUUCUGUUUUUAUGGUGACAUUUAAGUGAUGAAAUUCAGUUACCAUGAGCAAAUGAAUCUUUAUCUUGUCCUUAUUUUAGUAGUUGUUAUACAUUUUAUCAUCAUCUUUUCUAUCAUUGGCUUCAAUAUCAUAGUGUUAUUUUGAUAUAAAUAACCAUUGUUAUUACUAUUAUUAUCCUUUAUAAUCAUAACUGAUAUUAUUAAUAGUGGUAAUUGAACUUAGUGGAGUGCAGUUUGGGCUGAAAUCAUACAUGUGAUUUCAAAAUCGAAUGAGCUUGCAGUGCAAGUUUGAUUUGAAAUCACAAGUAUGAUUUCAGACCAAAAUUGCAUGAUACAAGGUUCAAUUACCACUUUAUUACAUCCAUUUUGAAAUUGCCCAAAUACAGGACUUGGUCAGUUCAAUUAUUUUAUUGAUGCAGUACUGAGCUGGUCUGAAAUUAAAUUCAUCCAUUUUUGGGGGGAAAAAGUAAGAGUUUUGGAAACAAAAGUUGCAAAAUUUGUCACAUGAUACUCCUUGUCUUUCAUUUUCCUGCAAUUUGAUCAGUUAGUUUAAACAAGCCUUGAAAUCUGAUUGGUUGUUUUGUUUUUAGUGUAGCCUCCUCAUUGGCUGGGAAAAAGAUGGGAUUUAAAGCCAAAAAAAUGGUGCAAUUUGUGAGUAAAUUGCAUCAAUUAGAGCCAGUCAGAUUACAGGGACCACCAGUGAUUUCAAAAUGGGUGUAAUAAAUAUCAGUAUUUAUUACACUAUUUUGGGGUUUCAUGAUGUUAUUAACAGUUAUAUGUUUUGCAAUUUAGUUAGUGGUGUUGGUGACAAAUUACGAUUUCACACUUCUUGAGGGAGAACUACAUGCUUCCAAGUGCGGUGAGUUAGGUUUUAUGAAGUUGAUUGUUGUUGAAAGUGAAAUAAAUUCAUGGAUUCCCACCAUGGAGGAAUUUAAUUCAUAUAGGCCAAGUUUUCUUUUCCACUUUCCAUGCUUCACCUUUUUGCAAGUGUGCUGUAUAUAAUAUUUUAUUUAGUAAACAUGAUGAGAUCCACUAUCCAUUCAAAGGAUUUUAACAGCAAGACUGAGGGGAAAAAAUGUUGAAACUACAAAAAAGUCUCUGUUUCUAAAUUUACUUGUAUUUAGGUUAUAUAGCUCAAUGCUAGCAUAGUAAGUAGUAGUAUGUGACUGAUUAGCAAGCCAACAGAUUUCUUUCUUAUUAGUUAUUUCCGUUUUACUCCCAUCAGUGACCAGGAGAGAAUUUCUCCUUACAACUGUCAUGCAAUAUCAAGCAGAUAAGUGAGGAGAAUAAAGAAGAGAACUCAGUUAGGGGACUACAAGUUGAUCUAAUGCCAAAUUCUCCAAACUAAUAUCAUAAGAAUUAUGUGGCAGAUAGUAAGGAGAAUUACUGAUGAGAUCUUGGGAGUGAAAGGGUUAAUUUAUGGUUUUUUGACCCAACUGAUGCUAAUAGUUCUGUAGUUCCACAUCUUAUUAUGAGAAAAAACAUGAAAGAUUUUCUUUGUCCCAGGCUUGUGACAAGAUGAAAAAAAGUCUUUCUCCAUCUCAUUCCUAGCUCAACAUCUAUCAUCUUUCUUGGGAAUAUUAACAAGUAGAGCAAUAAAAUUUUUCUGCAGAUGGUGAGGGUGGCUCCAAGCAAACCAAACAAUGCCCAGCUGUUGAGUUUAUUCCAGACAAGCCUGGUGCAGGCAAAUGUUCCUUUAGUCAACAAUGCAGUAAGCUUGAAUGUGUUGCAGAGGGAGAUGGCCAUAAAUUAAUCACUGAUUUUAAAGUGAGCAGAUGUGGUAAAUCUCUUGUUGCAUCAGUCAAAUUACAGCAGCCAGAGGAGGACCUAGACUGGUCUGAGAGGCUGAAAGAUGGUGAAAAAGCUAAAUUGCCUAUUAAAGCCAGUAGUUUUACUGGAGGAUUACCAGUUUCUGAUGCCAAAUUGUUUGUCCAAGUUCAUUUGAAGGGGAUGCAGGACAACAGAGUAAAUUUUACAGUAAGUAUUCCCAGAAAGAUUAGGUUUAAUAUUUGCCUUCUCAACUACAUGCAUCCUACAGAAUAGACAAUUUCUGAAUUCCAAAAGCCUCCCUUUCAAAAUGAGGCCCAGUAUGAGAACCCUCUUGGGACAACAAAUUACAUUUGCAUGAGAAUAAUUUUUUUUUCGCUUCAAAAGCUUUGCACUUAGGUGCCUUUUAAAACAGAAGUUUUCUGUACCCAAAAAAUGGCCUGUUGGAACCACAAAGUCAUGGAAUUUAAGGAAGUCAUAACUUUUGAAACUUGGUAUGUUUAUUUUGUUAGGUCAGGAUGACUGGGCAUCUGACAGCCCUAGGUGAGACUGUGCAGGUGAAUACUGUGCUGAUACAAGGACAGAUAGCUGUAUCAUCUGUUGCGGACUGUGGUGAGUAUCUUGACCACAACUCCUCCCCCUCCUCUCCUCCCAGGGGCAGCAGUCUUUAGUUUAACCUUAAUGGGUAUGUGCUACUAAUCCAAGGGUGGAAAAAGGAUUUUUCAAAUUGGGUGGGGAGGGGGGGGUGCAUUUUGUCACCCCUAGGAUACCUACUUGAUGGUAAUGUUAACAUCCACAGUAUGUUUUACUAAAAGUGACAUUUUUUUGUGGUGUGCUUUGUAUUGACUUUUCAGAAAAUUUUGUUAGGGGGCAUCUUAGAUGGACCCCUUUUAAGUCUAACAGGGUGUGGUUUUUGGGUCUUUAUACCCUAACAUCAGUGUGCAUAUUCCCCAUACCCUUCUUUACACAUUUCCUUAGGUGCUUACAAGUAGAAUUUGUUUAAUAAUCAGGAGCUCUUCUUUAGUUGGUGAUCAUUUCCUUUAUUCUUGUCAUCUUAAUGUGUGGUUCAGGGGUGAAAUUGUAAAGAGAAAGUAUAUGUUGGUCACUCUUUGGAGUCCAAGAGUUAAGACAAUCUUCUCUUCUGAGAAAUUUAUAUUAAUUUAAUAUUUAUCUUGCAGCGAGGAUUUUACUGUUAAAAUGAGCGUGAACUCAACUCAGUUCCAAUUUAAUUAAUUUUUUAUAUCUCUCUUGUUGCUUCAGGUUCGUGGUUUAGUGAACAGUCAACAGCCGUGAAAGUUCUGGUGAUUUUGGUCCCAAUAACCGCAGGGAUUUUGCUGACUCUCACUGUUGUCUUUUGCUGUUGUAAAAGACGUCGUGAUGGCACUCGCCUGUAUGUCAACAUAUUUAAGUCCCGAAAUGAUGACUAUGGAAUGCGACGUUUGUCUAAUGAACUUUGAAUUUUUUUCUAACAACAAAACCAUUAAUUGUCCGUGAAGACAAGUUGUAGAACUUAAAACUAUCCUGUAGUUGUUUCGAGUGCAUUUUUAUUGAGUGUCUCGAAACAAAAAUCCAAGAGAUCACAUUGACCGAGCAGAAAAAAGGUGAAUCUCAUGAGCCAGUGAAAAUAAAAUGUGUUCUGCAGCGCAGAAGAACGCGCCUGACCGAGUCGCGACUGGCUUUAGUUUUGCUUCUGAUUGGUUGAGAAUUUUUUUAACCAAUCAGUGAAAAGUGAAACUGAUGCUAUUAUGAGUUACUUCCGACACUUAUUUGAACUUGUCGAAGCUAGAGCUCCGUUGACUUAAUUACUGAGAAUAAAACAGGUAGCGGUUAUUUAAAUAUUUAUCUCCAUUGUACCGUAAUAUCAUGACUUUGACACCGAGAAAUUUCCCAGGGUUUUUUUUUAAGGAGCCGGC